AUGACGCUUAGCUCAAUAUUUCGAUUGGCACUACACAGAAAAGAAAAGAAGCCCAUCUCCCACCAAUCCAAGACCUCAAAGCUCCACAACGGGCACAUUCCAGCAGAGAUAUUGGAUCUUAUAUAUGAGCAACUCCCCGCGCUAGAACAGAUCUUCUUUGCAUUGACCUGCAAAGAUCUCUACACCCACUUUGUCUCAUUUCUCAAAACCAAAGACCCAGAUCAUGUGAAGCUCCUGAUCCCAAGAGAAAAGCGUCCACCAAUAUACCGCAACGCGGAGCUCGAAAAGAGACCUCGAAUCCAGCUCCUACGACAACUCGAAAACGAACGCUGGAAAUCCUGCGUGGUGUGUAUGAACCUACACCCACGCUCGGCAUUUGAACCCUCCAAACACUCCAAUAAAGGGAGCCAUUGCUACAAGUGUCGUGUACUUCAUGGCAUUGAUUGUAUCCCCUUUGCGGGGCUAGUCGACAUCUGCCCCUGUCUCAGCAUCGCAUUCAACGAGCGGCAACUCGUGGAGGCUAUGGUCUCCUCUAUGGAAGCUCGCGAACCUCUAUUUCCCGAAGAUUUCACCCGCAAUUCAUAUGCAAUGAGAAUCUCGCAUGAGUGUAAAGUGGGCCACUUUUAUGCAGAAGUCGGGAUCGUAACGAAGCUCUACAUGGAAAAAGCUAUCAAAGUGGAUGGCCAACCCACCUCUUUGCAUGUGCACAAUACCUACACUUUCGAAUUCUCAGAGGAAUUUUCUGGUGUGUCAGGUGGUAUCUGUCCACACAAGGAGACGAAUAAGUGGCUCAGGCAAUUCUUUAUAGAUGCGGGAUUGGAUUACUCCGCGUGGGGGGCAAAGGCAUCUCCAAUGGUGACAGAGCCUCAUGUUUUUAAGGUCUCAACUAUGAGGGACUUGGGUUAUCGAAACUGGAAUAAGCGCGGAUGGAAGGACAACCGAAAUGACCGCGGUUGA